CUCCCAAGGGGUCCAAUUUUUCUUCCUGGGUGUCAGCGAGCCCUGACUGACUACAGUGCAACUGACAGGGGCUGUCAUGCAAGUGGCCCCUAAGCCAAAGCAAAAGACCUAAGGACGACCUUUGAACAAUACAAAGGAUGGGUUUCAAUGUAAUUAGGCUACUGAGCGGAUCAGCUGUAGCACUGGUUAUAGCCCCCACUGUCUUACUGACAAUGCUUUCUUCUGCUGAACGAGGAUGCCCUAAGGGCUGUAGGUGUGAAGGCAAAAUGGUAUAUUGUGAAUCUCAGAAAUUACAGGAGAUACCCUCAAGUAUAUCUGCUGGUUGCUUAGGUUUGUCCCUUCGCUAUAACAGCCUUCAAAAACUUAAGUAUAAUCAAUUCAAAGGGCUCAACCAGCUCACCUGGCUGUACCUUGACCAUAACCAUAUCAGCAAUAUUGAUGAGAAUGCUUUUAAUGGAAUACGCAGACUCAAAGAGUUGAUUCUGAGUUCCAACAGAAUCUCCUAUUUUCUCAACAAUACCUUCAGACCUGUGACAAAUUUACGGAACUUGGAUCUGUCCUACAAUCAGCUGCAUUCUCUGGGAUCUGAACAGUUUCGGGGUUUGCGAAAGCUGCUGAGUUUACAUUUACGGUCUAACUCCCUGAGAACCAUCCCAGUGCGAAUAUUCCAAGACUGCCGCAACCUGGAACUUUUGGACCUGGGAUACAACCGAAUCCGAAGUUUAGCCAGGAAUGUCUUUGCUGGUAUGAUCAGACUCAAAGAACUUCACCUGGAGCACAAUCAAUUUUCUAAGCUCAAUCUGGCCCUUUUUCCAAGGUUGGUGAGCCUUCAGAACCUUUACUUGCAGUGGAAUAAAAUCAGUGUCAUAGGACAGACCAUGUCCUGGACCUGGAGCUCGUUACAAAGGCUCGAUUUGUCAGGCAAUGAGAUCGAAGCUUUUAGUGGACCUAGUGUUUUCCAGUGUGUUCCAAACCUGCAGCGCCUCAACCUGGAUUCCAACAAGCUCACAUUUAUUGGUCAAGAGAUUUUGGAUUCUUGGAUAUCCCUCAAUGACAUCAGUCUUGCCGGGAAUAUAUGGGAAUGCAGCAGAAAUAUUUGUUCCCUGGUAAACUGGCUGAAAAGUUUUAAAGGACUGAGGGAGAAUACAAUUAUCUGUGCCAGUCCCAAAGAGCUGCAAGGAGUAAAUGUGAUUGAUGCAGUGAAGAACUACAGCAUCUGUGGCAAAAGUACCACGGAGAGGUUUGAUCUGGCCAGGGCACUCCCAAAGCCAACGUUUAAGCCCAAGCUCCCCAGGCCGAAGCAUGAAAGCAAACCCCCUCUGCCCCCCACGGUGGGAGCCACGGAGCCUGGCCCAGAGACUGAUGCUGACACUGAGCACAUCUCUUUUCAUAAAAUCAUCGCAGGGAGCGUGGCCCUUUUCCUGUCUGUGCUUGUCAUCCUGCUUGUUAUCUACGUGUCGUGGAAGCGGUAUCCUGCCAGCAUGAAGCAGCUGCAGCAGCGCUCCCUCAUGAGAAGGCACAGGAAAAAGAAAAGACAGUCCCUAAAGCAAAUGACUCCCAGCACCCAGGAAUUUUACGUAGAUUAUAAACCCACCAACACGGAGACCAGCGAGAUGCUGCUGAAUGGGACGGGACCCUGCACCUAUAACAAAUCAGGCUCCAGGGAGUGUGAGCUCUUUUAGGACCCUAAUGUGGGGAGUGGAAUCAUGAGCUCUGUCUGUUCUUCUGUUUGGGAUUUGUGGACUGUCCUGCUGUGCUUCACUAUAUGCCCUGCACACAUGCCAGUCCCCUGAUGACUGACAUUUCAUUCAAAGGCAUAGAGAACACAUUUUAAGACUCAAUUUCCACCACCCAUUGAAAAGGAUAGUUUUGACAACACCUUAAUAAGAUAAAAUAAAUCUUACAAGAAAAAAGACCGACCCCAUGGCAGUUGUCUUUUGCUUCUCUGUUGUUGAUGUUACAGUGCUGAUGUUACAGUGUCCCCGUGUUCAUCUGUAUUGUGAAUUCCAUUCAUCAGUAUGAAUCUGUACAGACCCUGCUGGCAAUAUGCAAGCUGCAUGCAUGUUUUUAUGUCGAUGGUGAAAGUUUAUUGACUGCAGCACAAAUAUCAUAGCUUCUGUAUUUAAGUAACUUUGACUACAGUUCAUUUAGAUUUUAGAAAAAUGUCUUUAGUCUGCUUUUCAUUCUCUAAAAUGAACAAUUCCAUUAUAGGAGCAAAAAUCUCAAAUUGCAACACUGAGCCUGUUUCAUUUAAUUUGACUUGUCAAGCCUUAUAUCUUUAACCAUGCCCCUGUUCUUUCAAAACAGAAUCGCUGCAGCAAAAAAAAAAAGAAAAAGUAAAUGGCUAUUUUUACCAGCAUUUUUUAUAGUUUGGAGGCUUUUCAUAUGCUGAGAGGAAAAAUCUAGGCAAGUCACCAUGAGAUAUAAUUGCAAAGAAGCCAGAUUAUAAAAAUCAUACUUUUAUAAGCAAUAAAGAAAA